GAAAGCAUUUGGGGUCGCCGGCGCGGCCCCUCCGGGGGUAAGCGUUCAGGACUUGACCACACAGUCUCCCGGGAUCCCACAGGAUUAUAAAGCAACUCUCAAAGAGGGGGCAGUUUAGAAGACCCACCGUCAGGAUGGCUAGCAUGUGGAGGCUGCCGAUCUGGACUCUACUAGCUCUGCAUCGGAUCUACUUGGCCAGAGCCCAAGAUGAUGUACCACCGUACUUCAAGACGGAGCCGGUGCGCACGCAGGUACAUCUGGAGGGGAACCGCCUGGUGCUCACGUGCAUGGCUGAGGGCAGCUGGCCUCUGGAGUUCAAGUGGCUGCACAACAACCGGGAGCUGACCAGGUUCUCACUGGAGUACAGCCUCCUGGAGAUUCACUCCAACCUGGCCAUCACUUUGGGCAUCUGA